CGGGCUUAACUUAACCUGCUUUCUCGGGUUUAACAAACCCUCAUUUCAGGGUUAACAUACUCAGAGUUUUCACUUAACCUCCUUUCUGAAACAGGCCCCAGGUGUCAUUGGUUUAUAAAAGACAAAGAGCUUUAUUACAAACGCGACAGCGACUACAAAAAUGUCGAUCAUAUAUUUCUUCUUCUUCUGUGUGUCAGAAGCAUAAAUGUACACAAGCGCCACCUUGUGUCUCAGAGUAUUUCUGUUAUUCAUUGCACCGUCUAAUAUCAGGGAGUGAAUUUGCACUUUCAUUCUGCUGAAAAUCUCCUGAAAAUCUCCUGGAUAUAAACUUCCCGACUGAAGGAGUAAUAAUAAUCUGUCAUUCAGAGAUGUUUAUUCAUUUAAUGCUCCUGACUGUUUACUUCAUGGCAUCUCAAUCAGAGAGUUUACAGGUGGUUGGUCCAAAAGCUCCUCUCGUUGCUGUACCUGGUGAAGAUCUGGUUCUGCCCUGUUUUAUCAAACCCAACACCAGUGCAGUGGGCAUGACAGUGGAGUGGUUCAAACUCGAUGUAAAGGACUCAUUAGUGCAUCUCUAUAGGGAUCAUAAAGACAGAAAUGAAGGUCAGGCUCAGUCCUAUACAGGAAGAACAUCACUGUAUAAAGAGGAGCUACAGAAAGGCAACGCUUCACUCAAACUCUCAGAUCUCAGAGUCUCUGAUGAAGGAGAAUAUAAGUGUCUUGUUGAGGACAAAUCCUGGUACGAUGACAUCAUUGUGAAGGUCAUUGUAGAGGUUCAGGGAAGCCAACCAGUGAUAAUGAUGGAGAGUUAUGAUAACUCAGGAGGGAUUAAUCUAGUGUGUGAGUCCAGAGGCUGGAACACUGAACCUCAUGUUCUGUGGCUGGACAGAAACGGAGACAAUCUGACUGCUGAAGAUACACAGAUACACAGAGACACCAACGGCUUCAAUGUGAAAAGUCGCAUCACUGUUUAUGAUUAUAGUGACUCUAACAGGUUUUACUGCAGACUUCAGCAACAUCGUCACAUGCUGGAGACAGAGAUUAUCAUCAAUAGUAAGUGUCUGUGAAUAAUCAUUACAGAUUAAGGUAAUUAA